UUUAUAACAUCCGUUUGUUUCUCUUUCAAUGGUAGAAUUUUAUAUUCUCUCUCCGUAGACUUGACUUGGUAAGCACUGUAUUCAUAACACAAUCACAAAGAAACACCAUAGAACACACAAGUCAGUGUGAGUCAUGCUAUGCCGUAUUCAUGGAGUUUCUCAGAUCUUUGAAGAAGGAGGACAUUUUGGAUCUCCUUUCUCAUGACUUCUGUUCCCACUGUCAGACUCUUCUCCAUUCUCGGAUCACAACGCUACGCAAAAGAAAGGUAGAUGAAAUUUGCUCUCUGGAUGAUGAAGGCUUUGAGUCUUCCGGGGACCAUGUUGUGGAAAUGUCCUUCAACGAUGAUGCUUCAAAUUCAGAGUCUUUGACUAAAAGAAAUGAAAGUCUGAGGAACUGUUCGCAGAGGCGUGAUUCUGAUACUUCAGUGAAGGAUGAUGAGAAACGCGUUUUCGGUUCUUCACCUGGGAAUUUGGUAGGCUGCAAGCAAUCUGAUUUUGAGCUGUUGUUAAAUGAUGGGAUUUGUGAAGGUUCUUCAUUCAAAAAUGGGUUAUCGGAGGAAAGAAAAGAGCAAAUAAGGUAUUCUCUGGUUUGCAGCCAAAAGGACUUUAGCUUAAUUGAAAGGAUAAAUGGUAGACACAUAAAUGUGCUCCAGGGGCUUGAACUUCACACUGAAGUUUUCAAUGAGCUGGAGCAGAGGAAAAUCGUUGAGUGGAUAUACAGAUUGCAAUGGAGGGGACAACAAGGGAAACUUAAAGAUCGAACAUAUUCAGAACCAAGAAAGUGGAUGCGUGGUAAGGGACGUGUGACAAUACAAUUUGGCUGCUGUUACAAUUAUGCAGUGAACAAAAGUGGUAUCCCUCCUGGCAUAAUGAGAGAUGAAGAAGUUGAUCCAUUACCACCUGUGUUCAAGCAAAUGAUAAAGAGGAUGGUUAGGUGGAAUAUAAUUCCUUCCUCAUGCAUUCCAGAUAGUUGCAUUGUGAACAUAUAUGAAGAAGGAGAUUGCAUUCCUCCUCACAUUGACAAUCAUGAUUUUAUGAGGCCAUUUUACACCGUCUCAUUCUUGAGCGAGUGUAAAAUAUUAUUUGGUUCAAACUUGCAAGUUGUUUCUGCGGGAGAGUUUGCAGGUCCUAUAUCCCUUUUUUUGCCUGUUGGGUCAGUGUUCGUUUUGAAUGGCAAUGGGGCUGACAUUGCUAAGCACUGUAUUCCAUCUGUGUCAUCAAAAAGAAUUUCUAUUACUUUUAGAAAGAUGCAGCCGAACAAGUUACCGUAUAAGUUUUCACCCGAUACUGACUUAGUGGGAAUCAAGCCACUUGUCUUUUCAUCUCUGAACAAAUCAGAUAAAGCACAAGAUGAAGUUAGGAACCUAAAUAUUCAACAACAACAACACAAGGCUGACAGUGUUGAAUCUGAAUCAGAUAAAGUUUGGAACACCAAGAAGACAUCGUUCCGUGUAAAAUAAAUUACUCUUCGCCUUGGAAGAUCAAGAAAGAUGAAGAUCAAUAAAUGUAACAGCUUCAGGGCCCUUGUUUUAAUUUUAUCUUACCAUUGUUUGUCUUAAUUUUUCACAGUGAAAAACUAUUAAGUCUGGAUGAAACUCCAAAUAAAGAGUUAUUCAUUCCUGUAAA